CAAAGCCCCCUCGAAGGCGGCGAAGGGGUUCGUGACGGACCCCACUGGAAGCAGAGCCCGGGUGCGAGAGGCACCGCCGUCCCGGGCAGAGGCCCCGCGGUCUCCCGACGAGCCCCCUUCCCCAUCCCCGCCGGCGCCCGGGCGCACCGAGCCUGCCCCGCCAGCCCCGCUCGGGGACGCGGCAGCAGAGAGCGAGAAUCGGCAGCGAGCGGCCGGCACAGCGGGCAGAGCCAGCCUGCUGCCACGGGCUGCCGGGCCGGGAGCCGCGCCUGGGCAAGGUGAUGCCAAAGUGCGCCAGAAAGCAACUUCCUCCGAAAAUCACUUUGUCCUUGUUAGCAAAGAGGGACUCGGAGCCGGCAGCCCGGCAGCCUCACAUCCUGCCCCCGACUCUGCACGAAACAUCACCAAGAGACAAGAAGAGCACAAAGAGUGGCAACUCGCUGACAAAAAUGGCAACGGUGCCCAUCCUGCGCACGCCGUCGCUGGGGCCGUGGCAGUGGAUGUGAAUGCCAUCGCUGGGGCCGUGGCACUGGCUGCAAAUACCAUCAUCAGGACUGUGGCACGAGAUGUGAAUGCCAUCACUGGGGCCGUGGCACUGGAUGUGAACGCCACCACUGGGGCCGUGGAUGUGAAUGUCAUCACUGGGGCCAUGGAUGCAAAUGCCGUCAGCAGGGCUGUGGCACUGGGCGGCCGGAGCUGGCGGCUGGGUGCAAUGCAGGGAACAGCUCCCGGGGCACGUGCCACCGGCAGAGAUGGACCCAAGCGAGUGGACAGCCACAGCCUGGGCAUGCACAAGGUCUUGUCCGUGGAUGCGACGCUUGCCCCGAGAGACCCCCAAGCUCCUGGCCAGUUUGGGCACCCUGUUGCAGUCCCUGAUGGUAAACAAGAGGAAGCCAAAAGUCGAUGGAAAGAAGGAAACUUCAAUGUCUACCUCAGCGAUUUGAUCCCCAUAGACCGAGCCAUAAUGGACACCAGGCCUGCCGGGUGCUCUGAGCAGCGGGUUCACGACGACCUCCCGACCACCACCAUCAUCAUGUGCUUUGUGGAUGAAGUGUGGUCCGCCCUCCUCCGCUCCGUUCACAGCGUCCUCAGCAGAUCCCCGCCCCACCUGAUUGAAGAAGUCAUUUUGGUGGACGACUUCAGCACCAAAGAGUACCUCAAGGAGAAGCUGGACAAAUACAUGUCGCGGUUCCCAAAGGUGAAGAUCCUCCAUCUGAAGGAGAGGCACGGUCUCAUUCGGGCAAGGCUGGCGGGAGCAGAGGUCGCCAAGGGCACCGUCCUGACCUUCCUGGACUCACAUGUGGAGUGCAACGUGGGGUGGCUGGAGCCGCUGCUGGAGAGAGUCCGCCUGAGCCGGGCCAAGGUCGCCUGCCCCGUCAUCGAGGUCAUCAGCGACAAGGACAUGAGCUACAUGACCGUGGACAGCUUUCAGCGUGGGGUUUUCACGUGGCCAAUGAAUUUUGGAUGGAGGCAGAUCCCACAAGAGGUCGUCGAGAAAAAUCAAAUGAAGGAGACUGAUAUAAUACGGUGCCCGGUCAUGGCAGGGGGCCUCUUUGCCAUCGAUAAGAAGUAUUUCUUUGAGCUGGGAACGUACGACCCAGGGCUGGAUGUUUGGGGAGGUGAAAAUAUGGAGCUUUCAUUCAAGGUCUGGAUGUGCGGAGGGGAGAUUGAGAUUGUUCCGUGCUCCAGAGUUGGGCACAUUUUCAGGAACGACAAUCCUUACUCCUUCCCGAAAGACCGGGUGAGGACAGUGGAGAGGAACUUGGCCCGUGUUGCAGAGGUCUGGCUGGACGAGUACAAGGAGUUAUUCUAUGGCCACGCGUACCACUUGGUCUUGAAGCAGCUGGACGUCGGCGACCUGACUCAGCAAAUCCAGCUGCGGAAGAAGCUGCAGUGCAGAAGCUUCCGCUGGUACCUGGAGAACGUCUACCCGGACCUGGAAGCUCCCCUGGUCAAAGCCAGCGGGCUGCUUGUUAACGCAGCCUCGGCAGGAUGCAUGGCUGUGGAAAACACCACGCUGGCUUUUGAGGAGUGUGAUGUUAACAACAAGCACCAGGAGUUCAACUACACGUGGCUGAGGCUGAUCCAGCACGGAGAGCUCUGCCUUGCCCCGUCCGGCGGCGCGGGAGCGCUGGGCCUGCGCCGCUGCAGGGCCGGGAGCCACAGCCCGACGUGGCUGCACCGCUCCCUGGCCGCCUCCCGGACAGAGCUGACGGACCACAUUGUCUCAGAGCACCUCCAGCAGCCAGCGUGCUUGGAAGUGGAUCCCUCUCACAAAGCCCUGAGGCUGAAUGCCUGUGACUCUGCAAAUCCUUAUCAAAAGUGGCACUUUGGCAAUUACUAUGCAGACUGAAGGGAAGGCAGUCGAACCAGAAAGGCCGUGUUUCCAUCCUGUGAAUUCAGCAAGGACAUCUGUGCGACUUGUGGCAGCAAUUACAAACCUGGGCGUUCAUUUCCAAAUGAUAACUGAAACCUGUAAUCUGAACCAGCAUAUUGAGAGGUGGGGACACGAGGAGCAGCACAUCUGCUGGAAGGGUGGCAGAGGCAGCCGUGUUUCUCCCUCACUGUGGGAGGUGUUGGCAAAAACUCAAAUAGUUUUCUGUAUUAUUAAAUGGAAAUAUUUUCUGAA